AUGCCUGUUAAAGUACGCAAAAUUUUAGAACAAGUCGGCGAUAAUCCUGUUGUCAAAAUUCAACUUGGUCGUACACCAGUCGAAGCUGUUUUAAUUCUUUUUCUUAAUAUUCUCAGUUCUUGGAAAUUUGCUAAUAAAAAAAUUGAACUUGGCUAUGAUGAAAUUUAUCACAACUAUUUACUUAUUACUAUUCAGAACGAAAAAAAACUGAAUGUGUUGCAAAGAAUGGUUGAAGCUUCAAAAAGAACUGUUGGUAGUAUUGUUUACAAACUUGAAAAAGCUCAUCGUGUUCGUCUCAUGAAACCAGUAUUUCCUACUGAAUUUGUCGAUGUAUUCGAUAUUCCACUUACACCUAAUAAAACAUUUACAUUAAACCGAUUGAUAACUACAGCAUCAAACAUAGAUAAACAUUUUUAUACAUAUGAUGCUGCCAAUAAUAAUAUGUGUCAAACAUUUGUGGAAAAUAUUGUUGAUAUUAAUGGUUUAACAUCAAAUAUUAUUGAAAAUACAACACGAAUAGCUCUUAAACCACAAGAUGCUAAAGUACUUGUUGCUACACUGGGUAGUCGAAGUGAUAUUGUUAAACACAUUACAGAUCUAGGUGGCACAGUGGAUAAAUGGAUAUUUGAUCAUAAAAUUAAAUGGAAAAAACCACUGGUUAAAGAAUUUGUACUUAUUGGCAACAUGCAUGUUAAAGCAAAAAAUGAUAUUACAAAUAGCAAUACAGAUAAUAUUACAAAUAGCACUAUCGUUGAUAUUCAAAGGAGCAGUGAUAAUACUACUGUUAUAAAUGGAAUGACAGAUACUGUCAUCGAAAAUGCUGAUGAUGCAUUUAACGCUGUUGUUGCACUUGAGGAAGAUGAAAAGAAGGAAAAACGAAACCAACUGAUCAUAAUUAUUUUUAGUGUUCUACUUGUCAUUUUACUAUGUGUUGGUGCUAUUAUUUUUAUCUUUUUCAUAUGGCAAAAUCGAAAAAAUGAGCUUAUGGAAAAAGAAUCAACCGGUGAUGUACAGGAUAAGCCGAAAAGCGAGUCAAGCUCGUCCGUAGUUACUUAUGUGAAUGGCAAUGAAAAGAAAUAUUAA